UCUCCUCCCAUGACCAAACAUUCCCAACAUGGAAUUCUACGCGACAAGCGCAUCGCAGGGCGGGUAAAACGCAGGAGGCCCGUCGACCCGAGGCAGAUUGAUUGCCAAAUCUCAAUCUUUUCCCCAAAAAAAGAGAGCGGCUGCAUGGGGUGGGCGGAGCGGAAGAAUACACGGCUAAACACCCAACGUCACCAGAACCUCGUCACAACAUCCAACACGGGACGAAACAUGUGUAAACCCGCGCCAUUGAGCAGAGGCAGGUGGAUAUUCUUAUGA